AAAACCAAAUUAAGCUACGACGACGGGGUGAGAAGGAAGACUAAUCAAAAUCAAAAUCACUAUGGCCGUGGCUCCGCUGUGGGAGUCGGUAACGUCGGUGAUUAGGUCGGCCGAGGAGAAGAACGUGGAUCCGCUUCAGUGGGCUCUUGAGCUUCGCUUGACCCUCUCGGCUGCUGGAAUCUCCCUUCCCUCACCAGACCUCGCUCACCUCCUCGUCUCCCACAUCUUCUGGGAAAACCACACUCCUCUUUCCUGGAAGCUUCUCGAAAAGGCUAUAACCGUCACUAUCGUCCCUCCUCUACUUGUCCUCGCCCUUCUCUCCCACAGGGUAAUCCCAAACAGAAAGCAUCAUCCCGCAGCCUAUAGGCUCUAUUUGGAACUCCUAAAGAGACAUGCAUUCUCCCUCAUGCCUCUAAUUAGAGGUUCAGGAUAUCACAGGACAAUGAAUUCCAUCGAUGAUAUCCUCCAUCUUUCUGAAAUCUUUGGUUUACCAAAUCAAGAACCCGGAAGUAUUCUCCUUGCUUUUGUCUUCUCCAUUGUCUGCCAACUAGUUGAUGCUUCCCUAGACGAUGAAGGGCUUUUAGAACUAACUUCUAAUCAGAGGUCUAAUUGGCCGCACGACAUGGAAAUUGAUGGGCUGCUUAAGAGAAAUGACAACCAUGGUGUACUAGAGAAAGCCAACACUGAAAUGGCUAUCACCCUAAUCCAAUUUCUUUUGCAGAAUGAAGUAACUUCGAGGAUUCUUCACCUGGCUAGUCAAAAUAUGCCAACCCAUUGGGAAGAUUUCAGUCAGCGUUUCAGUGUGCUGACAACCAAAUCAUUGGUAGUGAGGAACUCGAAACAUAUUAAUCCAGAAGCCCUUACAUACUUGGCCUCUCAUACAAGUAAAUUCCUGGAAAGGGAGAGCAAGACAAUCCCACGAGGAGAAUUCCAUGCGCUUCUUUCCUCUGGUUCUAUAUUAGCAUUGACUAGUCAGCAUCAUGGGACUAGCGGUUCUGCACUCUGGCUGCCCAUUGAUCUUUUCUUCGAAGACAUAAUGGAUGGAACACAAGCUGCAGCGGCCAGCGCUGUCGAAAAUCUAACUGGUCUUGUAAAAGCACUGCAGGCAGUUAAUAGUACAACAUGGCAUGAUGCCUUUCUAGCUCUAUGGCUAGCAGCCUUACGCCUUGUGCAAAGGGAAAGAGAUCCAAUCGAGGGUCCCGUGCCCCGCACCGACACUUUUCUUUGUGUAUUGCUAUCCGUCACUCCACUUGCAGUUGCCAACAUCAUUGAAGAAGAAGAAAGUCAGUGGAUUGAUCAAACUGCAUCUAGCCCAAGCAACCAGUGGAAAGAGAAAAAAGGAAAAUGCCGACAGGGAUUAGUCAAUAGCUUACAACAACUUGGUGAUUAUGAAAGCUUGCUGACACCGCCUCUUUCGGUACAGUCGGUUGCUAAUCAAGCUGCUGCUAAAGCAGUUAUGUUCAUUUCCGGCAUUACAAAUGGUAGUGGAUCUUACGAAAAUACAAGCAUGAACGAAUCUGCAAGUGGCUACUCUGGUAACAUGCGCCAUCUGGUAGUGGAAGCUUGUAUCUCCAGAAAUCUGUUGGACACAUCUGCAUAUCUCUGGCCGAGGUUCGCAAAUGGGGGAACCAAUCAAGUGCCUCAAGGUGUCGCCGGAAAUGUUUCUUGUUGGUCUCUAGUGAUGAAGGGUUCUUCUCUAACACCAUCAUUGACAAAUUCACUAAUCACAACUCCAGCUUCUAGCUUAGCAGAGAUCGAAAAGAUUUACGAGGUUGCAACUACUGGUUCAGAAGAUGAGAAGAUAGCUGCGGCUUCUAUUCUCUGUGGAGCAUCUCUAUUUCGGGGUUGGAGCAUACAGGAGCAUGUUAUCAUCUUCAUUGUAACUUUACUCUCGCCUCAGGCGCCAGCUAAUAUUUCUGGGAGUUAUAGCCAUCUUAUCAACUGUGCCCCAUUCCUUAACGUUCUUCUUGUAGGGAUAUCACCCGUAGAUUGUGUUCAGAUAUUCUCAUUGCACGGUGUGGUCCCCUUGCUAGCUGGUGCUUUGAUGCCAAUCUGUGAAGCAUUUGGCUCUGGCAUUCCGAACAUCACGUGGACUCUCCCAACUGGCGAAGUAAUCUCCUCUCAUGCUGUUUUCUCCACUGCAUUUAUACUUCUUCUAAGGUUAUGGAGAUUUGACCACCCACCACUAGAUUAUGUCUUGGGAGAUGUUCCGCCGGUGGGCCCUCAAUCAAGCCCUGAAUAUCUUUUGCUAGUGAGAAACUGCCGUCUAGAAUGUUUUGGAAAGUCCCCAAAGGACCGCAUGGCACGUCGAAGAUUUUCAAAAGUCAUAGAUAUCUCUGUGGAUCCCAUCUUCAUGGAUUCAUUCCCCAGACUGAAACAGUGGUAUCGGCAGCAUCAGGAAUGCAUGGCUUCGAUUCUCUCUGAACUAAAGACCGGAAGCCCAGUGCAUCACAUUGUUGAUUCCCUACUUAGCAUGAUGUUCAAGAAGGCCAAUAAAGGUGGUAGUCAGUCACUGACUCCAUCUUCCGGAAGCAGUAGUUUAUCUACUUCAGGGGUGGACGACUCUUCCGAUCAACUCAAGAUACCUGCAUGGGAUAUCUUGGAAGCGGCCCCGUUUGUGCUUGAUGCUGCUCUUACUGCCUGUGCUCAUGGAUCACUCUCUCCCCGGGAAUUAGCGACAGGUCUUAAAACCCUUGCCGACUUUCUGCCAGCAACACUAGGAACCAUGGUUAGCUACUUUUCUUCGGAAGUAACACGAGGUCUGUGGAAGCCAGUUUCCAUGAACGGAACUGAUUGGCCUAGUCCUGCAGCAAAUUUAGCAAGCGUUGAGCAACAGAUAGAGUUGAUCUUAGCAGCUACUGGCGUUGACGUCCCAAGGCUUCCGGCAGAUGGAAUCUCUGCGGCUACACUUCCGUUGCCUCUCGCUGCACUUGUCAGCCUCACUAUAACUUAUAAGCUCGAAAAAGCAACAGAGCGCUUCCUUGUGCUUGUCGGACCGGCCUUGGACGCCCUUGCUGCCGCUUGCCCCUGGCCCUGCAUGCCGAUUGUGACAUCGCUGUGGACCCAGAAAGUGAAGCGCUGGAGCGACUUUCUAAUCUUCUCAGCGUCCAGAACUGUGUUCCACCACAACAGCGAUGCUGUUAUUCAGCUCCUCAGAAGCUGCUUCACUUGCACUCUUAGUCUAACGCCUACCUCCCAACUCUGCAGCUAUGGGGGAGUGGGCGCACUCCUUGGCCAUGGAUUUGGCUCUCUUUACUCUGGUGGAAUCUCCACAGCUGCACCAGGAAUCUUGUACAUAAAAGUGCACCGAUCAAUCAGAGACGUCAUGUUCCUGACAGAAGAAAUCCUCUCCCUUCUGAUGUUCUCUGUGAAGAGCAUCGCCACCACCGCGGAGCAACUGAAGAAAACGAAAGAUGGUCUGAGGUAUGGGAUUGGACAGGUUUCACUCUCUCAGGCGAUGACACGUGUCAAACUGGCAGCUUCACUGGGAGCCUCCUUGGUGUGGAUCUCCGGUGGCCUGAAUCUGGUUCAGGCUCUGAUCAAGGAGACAUUACCAUCUUGGUUCAUCUCAGUUCACGGAGAAGAAGACGAGUUGGGAGGUAUGGUACCGAUGCUAAGAGGCUAUGCGUUGGCCUACUUUGCAAUCCUGAGCAGUGCAUUCGCUUGGGGAGUGGACUCGUCAUCUCCUGCCUCAAAACGUCGGCCAAGGGUUCUGUGGCUGCAUUUGGAGUUCGUGGUGAGUGCUUUGGAAGGGAAGAUAUCGCUAGGUUGCGACUGGGCCACAUGGCAAGCUUACGUAACUGGCUUUGUGAGCCUGAUGGUGCAAUGCACGCCGGCUUGGGUGCUAGAGGUGGAUGUGGAAGUGGUAAAGAGGCUAAGCAAAAGUCUGAGGCAGUGGAAUGAGCAAGACUUGGCUCUCGCUCUACUAUGUGCCGGCGGCCUUGGGACUAUGGGUACAGCUACCGAACUCAUUGUCGAGACUUGCCAUCAACUUUAGCUUUACCUCUCUCUCUCUCUCUCUCAACUCAUGGGUUUAUAUCGAAACUGUGAUCAUCAUCACUUGUAUUUUUCAAAUUAGCUUUGUUAUAUAACAUUUUGAGUAACA